AUGGAUGAUAUCUGUGCUGGCAGCGACUCUCUGGAAUCUGCUUUGGCCUUACAGAAAGAGAUAAUUGCCCUGCUUAAAGCCGGUGGGUUUGAGCUGAGGAAAUGGGCUAGCAACCAUUUUAAAUUAUUGUCGUCUUUAGCUGCUGCCGAUUGUCAAGUUCCCGUUUCGUUUGAUAGAGAGGUUUCUAGUAAUAUAAAAGUUCUUGGUCUUCUUUACAACCCCUCUGUCGACAAGUUUUCGUUUUCCCAUAGUCCAUCUAAUAAACCCCCUACGAAAAGGAAUAUUUUGUCAGAAAUUGCCCGAAUCUUCGACCCUUUAGGCUUCCUUUCCCCGGUAACAUUUUUGGCAAAACACAUUAUGCAGCGACUUUGGAUUUCUGGCAUAGGUUGGGACGAGAUCCCGGCCAAACCAAUUUGUGACAUUUGGGUGCAGUUUAAACUGGAACUUCCGAGGUUAUCACAAAUUUCAUUACCGCGUUUUAUCUUUGCCGAAAAACUACAAAGGUGUCAACUUUUGGGAUUCUGCGAUGCUUCAGAAAAAGGCUAUGCUUGUGCAGUUUAUCUUCGAAUUGAAUUACCAAAUGACACCGUAAAAUCUUCUUUAAUUAUAGCAAAAAGUAGAGUCGCGCCUCUUAAGACGGUCAGCCUUCCACGAUUAGAAUUAUUGGGUGCUGCCUUGUUGGCAGAGUUGCUUAAAUUUAUUAUUGACCUUCUUAGCAAGCUAAUUUCUAUCAAUGAAGUGUUGGCUUUCACGGAUUCUCAAGUAGUUUUAGCGUGGUUAUCCAGCUCGCCGCACAAAUGGAAAACCUUUGUUGCAAAUCGGGUUAGCCAAGUUCAGGAAACCAUACCCACGGUACCCUGGUAUCAUAUUAGUUCUGGGGAAAACCCAGUAGAUUGCGCUAGUAGGGGUUUAACACCCAGCAACCUAAUAAAUCAUCCCUUAUGGUUUCAAGGUCCUCCUUGGAUUUUACUUCCUCGAGCUGAAUGGGAUCUUGUGCCAAUGGAUGGAUCCAAUCUGGGAAAAUCGGUGGCUCUAUCCGAACAAAAAACCUGCACAUUCGCUGUUACGCUGGAUCCUAACCCAUUAGAUUGUUUAGUAACCAAAUUUUCGUCUAUACUUAAAAUUCAACAUAUAAUUGGUUACGUACUUCGAUUUACUAGCAACACUAAGGCCAAGUCAAGAGAUCAUUGGGGUGUACUUACGGAAAUAGAAAAUCAAAAUGCUCUUCGAAUUUUAAUCAGGCAUGUCCAGAGUUGUUCUUUUUCGGAUGUCAUUUCACAACUUAGGACUCAGGCCUUAAUACCGAAACCUUUUCGCAAGUUAGCUGUUUUUCUCGAUGCAGACGGAUGCCUCAGAGUGGGCGGUCGUCUAAAGCACUCCGAUCUUUCUUUUGAUGCAAAACAUCCUUACCUUCUUCCUCGAAACCACAGAUUAACGCAUUUACUUAUUGAAAAUAUGCACCGGAAACAUUUACAUGUGGGGUUAAAUACCGUGCAUUAUCUUCUUAGACAACAAUUUUGGAUAUUAUCAGCUCGUCGAGCAAUCCAAAAGGUGUUAUCACAAUGUGUAAAAUGUUUUAGGGUAAAACCUAAAACCUUUACCCCAUUGAUGGGGGAUUUACCUUCCUUUCGAAUUUGCCAAUUAAAAUGUUUCUCUCAAGUUGCCUUAGAUUACGCAGGUCCAUUAAAAAUAACUAUGGGCAGGCACCGAGGUGCGAAGGUCAUGAAGGCUUACGUGUGCAUUUUUGUUUGUUGUACUACUAAAGCCAUCCAUAUUGAACUGGUUUCGGACUUAACAUCGGAUGCCUUCAUAGCUGCGUUUCGUCGUUUCGUUGCACGGCGCGGGAAAUGCACCAACAUUUUCAGCGACUGUGGUACAAAUUUUGUAGGAGCUAGAAACCAAUUAGAAAAAUUAUCUCAAUUCGCCUCAGAAUCUUUGCAAAUUAGAUGGCACUUCAACCCACCAGGCGCCCCACAUUUUAAUGGUCUGGCUGAAGCCGGCGUUAAAUCAGUGAAAUCUCAUUUAGUACGUGUAAUAGGUCAGCAACUUUUGACAUUUGAAGAAAUGUCGACACUUUUGACACAAAUCGAAAGCCUUUUAAAUUCGCGUCCUCUUUGUGCGCAAAGCUCCGACCCUAACGACUUAGUUCCAUUAACUCCAGGACAUUUUCUAACUCUUGAACCCUUAAAUUCUUGUCCAGAUGAGAAUCUUGAAAAUUUAAAAUUAAACACUUUAUCUCGAUGGCAAUUGAUACAAAGACUACAAUCUGAUUUCUGGAGACGUUGGAAACUUGAGUAUUUGAACACCCUACAACAGCGCACUAAGUGGACAGAUCCUUCUGUAAAAAUUCAAUUAAAUACUUUGGUUUUAAUAAAGGAUGACACCAAGCCACCUUUGCAUUGGGCAUUAGGCCGCAUAGUUGAAUUACAUUCUGGCCCAGACGGCCAAACACGAGUUGUCACGGUAAGGACACAAAACGGACUGUUUAAGCGUCCUGUUAUUAAAUUAUGUCCCUUACCUACUCAAGAUCAAUAA